AAAAGCAGCCCCACCAAUCUGUGGGGGAGAAAAGCCGCUGGUUCAAUGAAGUGAUCUAUUCAACUCAGUGUUUCUCUCUCUUGCUCUCUUCAUUAAUUCCAUACUGUCCUGCCUUUUCAUCCUUUCUGUCUUUUGUUUUCUGUCUCUCUUACUUUUUAUUCCCCUCCUUCUUUCUCUGGCUGGCUGAGCUCUGACAAGGGGAUAGAAUCAAGAGUUUGGGAGAGGAGAGGGACAUUUGGGAGCGAGAUGGCGAGUGGGACGGUGGCGUUGUUCCUGUAUGGAUUCCUGCUCCUGUCUCUGUGGAAACCUUCACUGCAAGGAGGUGUAUACAUACCUGCUGGUGUAGGUGAAGCUGGGGCUGGAUUAGGAGCUGGAGCAGGAGUCAGAGCUGGAUUUGGUCCAGGUGGAGCUGGCACCAGUUUUGGGCCUGGUGGUGUAGGCACUGGAUAUGGGCCAGGUGGCGGAGCCGGAGUUGGACCAGGAGGUGUAGGUGGAGCUGGGGCUGGUCCAGGAGGUGCAGGCUUUGGCCCUGGAGCCGGUGGAGGUUACACCAAGCCAGGGAAGACGGGAGCUGGCUAUGGUGGUCAGGUUGUAGGCCAAGGCCAAGGCCAAGGAGGACUGGGGACUGGAGGUCUGGGGGAAGGAAGAGUUAGACCAGAAGGAGCUGGGGCCGGACCAGGAGGUUAUGGACAUGGCGGUGGUUUAGGAGCUGGAGGCCUUGGAGCAGGAGCUGGCAAUGGAGGUUGGGGUCCUGGAGGACAGGGGGCUGGACUAGGAGCUGGAGGUCUGGGAGGAGGAGGUCUUAGACCAGGAGCCAGACCAGGAGGUUAUGGACCAGGUGGUUAUGGGCCUGGUGCUGAUCUUAGUCUGGGCGGAGCUGUAGCUGGAGGUCUUGGUGGUGGUUACGGACUUGGCGGGGGUCUAGGUGCCGGAGGCCUUGGAGCAGGAGCUGGAGGAAAGCCAGAGAAGGCAGGAGCUGGCUACGGUGGUAGAGAUCCAGGAGGACAGGGGGCUGGACUGGGUGUUGGAGGUUUUGGACCAGGUGGCUAUGGACCAGGUGGAGCUGGUGCUGGACCAGGUGGCUAUGGGCUUGGUGUUGGUCUUGGUCCUGGGGGAGCUGGUCCUGGAGUUUUUGGUGGUGGUUAUGGACCCGAUGGAACAGGAGCUGGCUAUGUAGGUCGCAGUCCUGGGGGACAGGGGGCUGGAUUAGGAGCUGGAGGCUAUGGACCAGGUGGAGCUGGACCAGGAGGAUAUGGGCCUGGUUCUGGUGUUGGCCAGGGUGGAGCUGGUCCAGGUGGUUUUGGUGGUGGUCUUGGAGCUGGCGGACAAGGAGAUGCCCUUGGAGCUGGGUAUGGAGGUCUCGGAGCUGGGGGACUGGGAUCCAGAGGUACAGGUCAGGGGGCUGGAGGACUUGGAGCAGGCCAAGGUCUUGGAGCCGGCCAAGGAGAUGGAUACAGACCUGGAGGAGGCUACGGUGGUGCUGCUGGUGGUCUGUACCCUGGAGCUGGAGGGGCGGGGGCAGGCCAGAAACCUCCCAAAACAGGAGCAGGAAGCACACUAGGAGGAGAUGGAUAUGGACCUGGUGGUGCUGGUGGAUAUUGGCCUGGUGGCGCAGGUGGACAUGGGCCUGGUGGCGCAGGUGGACAUGGGCCUGGUGGCGCAGGUGGACAUGGGCCUGGUGGCGUAGGUGGACAUGGGCCUGGUGGCGUAGGUGGACAUGGGCCUGGUGGCGCAGGAACUGGGCCUGGUGGCGCAGGAACUGGGCCUGGUGGCGCAGGAACUGGGCCUGGUGGCGCAGGAACGGGACCUGGUGGCACAGGUGGAUAUGGUCCUGGUGGCGCAGGAACUGGGCCUAGUGGCACAGGUGGAGUUGGCCUUGGUGGUUUUGGGCCUGGUGGCGCAGCAGUACCAGCUGGAGCACCAGUACUUCCACAGACUGGAGUCCCUGGGGGUGGAGCUAGAGAGAAGAGCGGUUGGAAGGCCAACAAACAAGUGCCAGGUGUUGGAGUACCUGGACUUUAUCAAGGUGGAAUAGUGCCUAGUCAAGGUUUCGGAGGGCGUGGGGUUCUACCAGGUGUUGCCACUGGAUCCGGACUUGCUCCCCAGACAGGGGCAGGUGUGCUGGGCCAGGGUGGAGUUGGAGCUGGCACUGGAGCUGGAGGUGGCCGAGGCAGUUUAAAUGGAGUGUUCCGUGGAUAUCCCCUCAUAUCACCUAAAUCUGGAGGGGCUGGAGGCAAAUCAGCUAAUUCCCAGGCCAAGCUUGCUGCUAAAUAUGCUGGAGCUGGAGGUGUACUUCGUCAAGGGGGCAUGUCGGGAGCAGGAGGAGUACCUAGCGGUGUACCUGGAGCAGGUGGGGUCCCUGGUUAUGGAGUUGGAGCUGGAGGUGUACUUCGUCAAGGGGGCAUGGCCGGAGCAGGAGGUGUACCUAGCGGCGUACCUGGAGCAGAUGGGGUCCCUGGUUAUGGAGUUGGAGCUGGUGGUGUACCUGGUUACGGAGGUGGAGCAGGAGGCAUACCUGGAUUCGGAGGCGUAGCCAGAGCAGGAGGCGUACCUGGUUACGGGGGCGGAGCCGGACCAGGAGGCGUACCUGGGGCAGGGGGCGUCCCUGGCUCAGGUGGGUAUGGAUACCCAGGGGGUUACCCAGGUGGAGGGCGGUACCCAGGGGCUGGCCUAGGUGUAGGAGGUGCCUACCCCGGAGGAGCUGGAUCUAAGGCAGCCAAAUAUGGUCAGGGUGGAGCAGGCACUGGAGCUGGUGGUGGGCUCAGCCAGGGAGUGCCUGCAUCUGGGAUUGGAACCGGAAGACUGCCUGGUGGGGCUGGAGGGGAACCAGGAGGCGGUUACAGGCCUGGCGGUAGCUUCGGUCCUGGAGGUGGAGUUGGACCAGGUGGGGCCAGUUAUGGACCAGGUGGGGCCGGCUAUGGACCAGGUGGAGCUGGACCUGGUGGCUAUGGACCAGGUAGUGCUGGAAGUUAUGGAACAGGUGGAGGGGUUGGACCAGGUGGUGCCGGGGAAGGACAUGGUGGAGCUGGCUAUGGACCAGGUGGAGGAGUUGGUGGAGUGCCUGGUGGUGGACACAGACCCGGAGGUGGUUUACCUGGUAGUGGUGCUGGUUACGGACCUGGUGCUGGUGUUGGAGGAUAUGAUGCAAAUGCUAAAGCUCGUAAAUAUGGUAUGCUAAGUGGUGUCCUUGGGACCCCAGGAGGAGGACAGGCAGCCAGCCUGGGAGGAGUACCAGGAGGGGGAGCAGGGACUGGAGUAGGCCAGGGUGGAGUGCCUGGAUCUGGGCUUGGUGGUGGUGGAGGUGUCCCUGGUGGUUAUGGUCCUGGAGCUGGAUUUGGACCUGGCCGUGGAACCGGUGGUGGUUAUGGACCAGGAGUGGGUGCUGGGACUGGACUUGGCCAGGGAGCAGGGCCUGGAGCUGGGCUUGGUGCUGGUGGAGUGCCUGGUGGUGGAUACAGACCCGGAGGUGGUUUACCUGGUAGUGGUGCUGGUUACGGACCUGGUGCUGGUGUUGGAGGAUAUCCUGCUGGGGCUAAGUCUCUGAAAUACGGUCCAGGAGGAGGUGGAGGAGCUCCGGGUGGAGGCCUUGGUGGGCGAUUCGGUGCCCCGGGAGGAGGUCUGCCAGGAGGAGGCUACGGACCAGGGGCAGGAGGCGCCUUAGGAGCAGGAGAAGCAGGAGCAGGAGGAAGAGUGCCUGGGGGUGGAUACGGGACCGGAGCUGGGCCUGGUGCAGGGUAUGGAGCAGGAACAGGGCCUGGAGCUGGGUACGGUCAGGGAGCAGGAGGAGUCCCUGGAGGAGGCUAUGAAGCUAGGGCAAGAGCAGGAGGACUACCUGGGGCCGGAUAUGGACCUGGAAGAGGAUAUGGAGCCGGAUCAAAACCUGCUAAAUAUGGACAAGUUGCUGGUGGGGCCGGUGGGGCCCUUGGAGGAGGAGCUGGACAAGGAUUCGGAGGGGUACCAGGUGGCUAUGGACCAGGUGGCUUCGGAGCUGGACCAGGUGGCUUCGGAGCCGGACCAGGUGGCUAUGGAGCCGGACCAGGUGGCUUUGGAGCCGGACCAGGUGGCGUUGGAGCCGGGGGCGGAGCAGGAUUAGGAGGGGUGCCAGGUGGGCUUCCAGGAGGGUACAGCGGUUCUCCCUGGGGGAAAAGGGGCUAUGGUACUGGAUCUGGAUUUAAGGCAGACAAAUAUGGACCAGGUGGGGCAGGAGGGGCCCUUGGUGCUGGGGCAGCUGGAGGUGCAGGGGCUGGGACAGGGACUGGGACCGGGACCAGAGCUGGGACAGGUGCUGGAGGAGGUGCAGGACCUACACCUGGCCCUGGCACAAGAGCAGGAGGAGAUGGCACUGGGACAGGAGCAGGAGGAGACAGGAUAGGCGCAGGAGGAGCAGGCACAGGAGGUGAGCCUGGUGGUGCCGGUGGGGUUCUAGAAGGAUCUGGAAGUUCUGCUGGCCCAGGAGAUGGCACCGGCGUCACAGCUGGUGCUGUUGGAGGAGGGGUGGGAGACACAGGAAUCCCUAGCAUUGGAGGAAAACCAGAUCAAUCGGGGCUCGGGGGGACAGCAAUCCCAGGCAUCGCUAUUAUCAUUAGUGACACAGCCCCUGAUUCACCCAGUGGAAUUGCAGUGCCAGAAACUGGGGCUGGAGUUGUUCAACCCAGUGCUGGGGCUGGAGUUGAUGGGGUAGGAGUUCCCUCUGGAGGUUCGGAAACAGGCAUCGGUAUUGGUGCCGGCGGAAAACCCUCUAAAGAAAGACAAGCAGGUGCUGCUAACGGUGAUAUCACUGGAGGGGGGACUCUACCUGGAGCUAAACCUCUGAAGGCUCCAAGAGGAGAUACACCUGGUGAAGGAGAGGGAGAUGCAGGAGGAGGAGCAAGAGGUGUUGGUGGAGGUCCUGAUGGUGCAGGAGGAGCAGGCAGUGGAUCUGGCGGAGUAGGAAGAGAUGGUGAUGGUAGAGGAGGAGGACCAGGAGGAGCAGACAGUGGAUCUGGCGGUGUAGGAAGAGAUGGUGAUGGUAAAGGAGGAGGAGGACCGGGAGGAGCAGGGGGGAAAGACGGUGGUGCAGUUAGAGUGGGAGGAAGUCCUAACGGUACAGGGGGAGCUGGAGGUUCAGGAGUUGGAGGAGCAGGAGUAGAACCUGGAGGAGGUGCAGGACCAGGCAGUAGUGACAAACCACCCAAAGGUUAUGGAGCAGGUGGGGCUGGCAGUCUGGGUGCAGGAGGUGCUGGAGGAGCAGCUCUGGUCCCUGGGACUGGUGGUGCCGGUGAUAUAGGAGCUGGAACCCCCAAACCAGGAAAAAGCUACGGAGUUGGUGGAGUCCUGCCAGGUGGAGGUCUACGUUACCCAACUGGGGCUAGAGAAGGACUGGGCUCAGGGAAGCCGGGCAAAGGAUAUGGUGCUGGCCAAUUUGGAGCAGGAGGACGACGUCCUGGAGGAUAUGGUGCCGGACCAGGCGGAUACGGAGCCAGUCCUGGAGGAUAUGGCACUGGACCCGGUGGUUAUGGGGCCAGACCCGGUGGUUAUGGUGCUGGUCCAGGUGGUUAUGGGGCUGGAGCUGGUCCUGGUGGCUAUGGUGCUGGGCCAGGUGGAUAUGGUGCUGGACAAGGUGGCUAUGGUGCUGGGCCAAGUGGCUACGGGACAGGGGCUGGGCCUGGAGGAUAUGGAUCCAAGCCAUACAAGACUGGAGGUGCUGGAGCCGGUGGUGUUGGUGGAGGUCUGGGUGGAGCUGGCAGCCUGGGUGCCAUAGGAGCCGGACCAGGAGGAGUGGGUGGAGGUCAAGGAGGCGGUCUAGGUGGAGGUCAAGGUGGAGCUGGACCAGGUGGAUAUAUACCAGGUGGAGUUGGUAGCAGAUACCCCACAGGUGCUGGAACUGGUACAGGAACUGGCACUGGAAAACCACCUAAUAGCUAUGGGAGAGCUGUUGGAGCUGGAGAUGGGCUUGGUGGUUAUGGUGGCGGAACAGUUGGUUAUGGACCAGGAGGAACUGGGGUCGGACUAGGUGGGGCUGGGGCCGGGCAAGGUGGAUAUGGUGCCGGACAUAAAGGUUAUGGACCAGGUGGAGCAGGGCCGGGAGGAGCUGGGGUCAGACCAGGUGGAGCAGAGGCCGGACCUGGUGGCUAUGGCGCAGGGCCUGGAGGUUAUGGGCCUGGGGCUGGUCUUGGUCCUGGAGGUUAUGGGGCUGAACCUGGUGGCUAUGGACCAGGUAGAGCAGGGCCGGGAGGAGCUGGGGUCAGACCAGGUGGAGCCAGACCAGGUGGAGCAGAGGCAGGACCUGGUGGCUAUGGUGCUGGGCCUGGAGGUUAUGGGCCUGGGGCUGGUCUUGGUCCUGGCGGAGCUGGUCCUGGAGGUUAUGGGGCUGGACCUGGUGGCUAUGGACCUGGUGGCUAUGGACCAGGUGGCGCUGGAUCUCAUAAAUAUGGUAUGCUAAGUGGUUCCCUUGGAGGGGGACAAGCAGCUGGCCAGGGAAGAGUGCCAGGAGGGGGAGCAAGGACUGGGCUAGGUCAGGGAGGAGUGCCUGGAGGAGGAGCAGGUACUGGGCUAGGCCAUGGAGGAGUGCCUGGAUCUGGGCUUGGUGGCGGUAGUGGUCCGGGUGCUGGGUAUGGACCUGCCAUUGGAACCCAUGGAGGUUAUGGACCAGGAGGUGGUGCUGGGACCGGACUUGGUCAGGGAAGAGCCGGGGUCGGACCAGGUGGCUAUGGACCACUUGGAGCUGGGGCUGGACAGGGAACUGGAGCUGGAGGAUAUGACGCAAAUGCUAAAGCUCGUAAAUAUGGUAUGCUAAGUGGUACCAUUGGAGGAGGACAAGCAGCUGGCCAGGGAAGUGUGCCAGGAGGGGGAGCAGGGACUGGAGUAGGCCAGGGUGGAGUGCCUGGAUCUGGGCUUGGUGGUGGUGGAGGUGUCCCCGGUGGUUAUGGUCCUGGAGCAGGAUUUGGACCUGGUGGUGGAACUGUUGGUGGUUAUGGACCAGGAGGGGGUGCUGGGACCGGACUUGGCCAGGGAGGAGUUGGGGCCAUACCAGAUGGCUAUGGGACUGGGCCUGGUGGUUAUGGACCAGGUGGAGCCGGACAGGGUGCAGUGAAGCCAAACAAAUCAGGUUAUGGCUCCUCCUCCUCGGGUGGAGCUCUCUUUGGACCAGGUGGUGGAGCAGGUGGGGUACCUGGUGCUGGAGCUACCGGGCGAAGAGGAGGAGUACCAGGAGGCUACGGAGUAGGAGAAGCGGGACAGUCAGGGCAGAAAUCAAAGGCACAGAAGGCAGCCAAAUACACAGCCAUGCAAGGCUUCCUGGGAGCACGCAGCUACAGAGGGGUCGCCGACUGCCAGGGUAUAUACUGCGGACGGAGGAGGAAGUGAGAGAGCAGCAAAAAGAAGUGACCUCAUCAACAACAUUGUGGUGCUACUGCAUGAUUCAAUAAUGUACUGAUUUUCAACUACUAAUAUGUCCCUUUUUUCUUUUAAAGUGUGAAUCUCGGGCAAUGGCAAAACCAGAGCCUGUUUGAUCUUUUAUUCUGAAACUGUGAUCAUGUGUUUAUUGUUCCUCACCUGUACUUUAGCCCCUCCUGUGUGUACCCCAUUUACCCAUUUAGCUCCACCACGAAUCAUGUUUGUUUAAAACACUGAUACUAAGGCGUCCCACAACGGAGUGCCUCUAGACCUGUCUGUAUGCUGACUAAACUGUCUGUUUUCUGAUUAAUGUGACUAACAUCCCUCUAUAAAGCUAUGCUAUUGACACACAGGCCCAGACUUACUCAACAUUUGCACCUGCACUUUUCAAUAUACCUAGUUUUUGUUCAAGUUGUUUAGUUGCAAACUUUUACAAUAUCUGGCCCAAGGCGUCUUGAGAUAUAUACACACACUGCUGCCAUAAAUGAAAAUCAUAGGAGAUAUCUUUAGAGUGGUAAUCUUACAACCACCAUUUUUGAUUUAGAACUGUGUCCACUCUGAACCCUCAAAAGGCAGUGUGUGUCCACAGCAACACUCAUGUUCUAACUCUGAUUCUAGUUUCAGCAGUUCUCAAAAAAAAGGAGCUUAUUGCCCUUAGUAAAGGUUUUAAGAUCUUAUAUGCAGUCGUGUAUAAUGUCUUUACAGAAUAUAUAUAGUAAGGUUUAACUAAGCCACUUGCCUGAAAUAUUAUCAACAUCUUUCUGAAUGGCUGUAUAACACUGAAUUGCUGUGAGUGUUUUGAAUACUUAAUCACACCGAUAUGACUGUGUUAGUACAGCCAUAGUUGAGAUGACUGAAAAUGCAAACGUAUAUUUUCUUUGUUUAAAAUCCUCAUCUUGGCUUUACUGAGAGCAACAGUACCUACAUGACAUUUGCAGUUGAUUAAAACUAAUAUUAUAAUCAUGCAAUCCAGAGAUUGGCCUGUUUUCAGACCUAUCACCGUAAAACAUAAUUCUGUUAACUCAAAUUAUUUGAAAAACUGAUUGCCUUGACUCAUUAAAUUAAAGCAACACAUUUUUUUGUAAGUUACCAGUACUCAGUUCAUUUUGUUUUAGUGACUUAGAAGAUUAUGUUACACAGUGAACUGUAGAGAGCAUAUAACUGCAGACUGUUGACAAAAGCCCAACGUUUUUACGCGCGUUAAUUCACCCAGGAAAUAGAAUGCAUGGGAGAGAAUGAGAGACAACAGAUGGGCCUCAACGGUGUCAUUACACAUCAGUUUAGAAAGCAAGUCUAUUUCUCUCCACAUCUACAAGAAGCAAUGCUGGUAAAAUGAGCAAAUAAAUUGCCAGAAAAUAGACUGUUUGCAUCGUUAUGUCUGGAAAUGUGAAAUGUAUAGUUAAACUGAUCAACACUGAAUAGACACUUUUUAACUGCCAAUACAUAUAUGAAAACAAAUGCAUAGAAUUUCGAUCACAGGCAUAUAGCCUAGGCCAGGGGUCUCCAAAGUUUUUUCUAGCCUGAGUUACUUUAAGAAAAAUGUAACAUGUCGCUUCUCUUCUCCCAUUCAACUCUUCCUCAGGUCCUUAGUGUAUAAGAGAAAGUAGUGCACUGUUUUCUGUCAAUAUACCUGGUAAAAUAAGGAUUAAUAAACAACUCUAAGGGGAGACCUAUAAAGUCAGAUUUGUUUUCUCCAAAAUUAUGUUUUCAAUUUCCCAAAAUACGUUUUCUCUGUUUUAUAUUUUCUGGUUUAAGAUGUUGAUUUUACUCUUAAAAUUACAAUUGUUCAUAGAGAAGUUUGUUCUGAGGACAUGUCAAUGGUUAAAUCACAUCAGGAUACCCUUUUUUUUGGGGGGGACAAAUAGAUUUCCCCUUUAUUGUGCAUCUAGCGAGUAAGGAAUGUGCCGUCUAAUGUGCCAGUCUGGCGAUGGUUCUGUACUGCUGCUGCUGCUCAUUUAAUGGCAAAGUUAGUAAAUAACAAAUAGAUACAAAUGAUAUAUUUACUUAUAUCAUUUAUAUAUAAACUUCUGCCUGGUAAGCCUACUGCCACAAGACGGUUAUCGCAUCACCUGGCUACACACGGAGUGAUUGACAAACGCGCCACACCAUAUACAGUAGACAGACGCGCAAUACUACCGGAAAUGAAUUGGCAGAUAUUGUGAAGGUUUAAUUCUCUAUGCCAAUAGUGGCUAACAAGGGGUGGGAUAAUGUCAAUGUUGAGUUGUUUAGAUAGGUGGUAGCUUGCAGUGUCGGAUAAUUGGGAGAUUUGUUUAUGACAGUUUGCGAUGGAACAGAGGAAAAAUUGCAUAUGCUUUCAGAAUUGUUUGGUGAGCUACUCAUAGGUGAGCUGCGAGCUACUGGUAGCUCAUGAUCGACCUGCUGGAGACCCCAGGCCUUGGCAGACUACGGCUGGGAAACUCGAGGAACUACGAUUUCAAGAGAGAAUACUAUUAUGUAGGAAGAACGAACUAGCUAAAUUCCUUAUAGACUGCUCGGGUUUAUUAGCUACAACUCUCCUCAUGUUCAUGAAUAACAAUUUUUUAGCCUGUGCAGGCAGGUACGGUGGCUCCCAUAGGACAUCUAAGAUGAGUCAAAAGGAACACACAAAAAUAGUUCCCAGGUGCUAUAUAGCGAACAUAACAAUUACAACUGUUUAUUAUGGAUUAUCAUGACGAUUACGUUGGCAUACGCUACGCAGUAUAUGUGAAUUGACGCUGGCCUCUCGCAAGCAAAUUUCACACCGUUGACAGGCAUCUCCGGGUGUAAUUUCGGUUUAACACCGAUGCAGUUCAAGUCUUUUCACUCUGAACUUAAACUAUUUGUUUACUUUAGCUUUUUAAAUUAUGAAGGAAAAAAAUGCUAAAACAUUUUCAACAAUGUCUACUCUUCUGAUUUAAAAAAAAAUAAGUGCUUUAUUUUUUUACAUUGUCUUUGAAUGCUCUCUAAUGCUAGUGUUACCUGAGGUGUCAUGUUACAUGUUUAAUGAAACGUUGUAAUCUUGAGUUAUCUAUGGGCUAUAGUGUUUAUAUCAUUAAGCCCAGACAGACAAAGAACAUCUGUGUUUUACCUUAGAAGAGAAUGAUUCACUUUUUUUUACACAGUACACAGUUUUUAAAUAAAGAAAUUACCUGAA